CUCUCUUCUAACCCCCUCAAGAUCCAUACCAAGACAGCAGCGCAGCAACAACCCGAAGAGCAAGAUUCUUCAGGCCCUGCUCAACCUCGGCAGCUAUGCCGGUUCCUGAGGCUUAGUUCCUUCUAGCGCGGCGUUUUCUCCGCACUCCUCCACGCGGAGAGCGCCUUUGAGUCUUGGAAAAUCGCUUCCCCACAUGUGCACCAGCGGACGGUCUACCUUUCCCAGUAACUCCCCUUCUCUAGUGGUAGGACGCUUGGUACUCGGACGGCAAUCGCCCGACCAGCCGGCCAUGAUCAGCAGACAUCUACGUCAAUUGGGAUAGCUUUGGAAGAGCUUGGGAGGGCUAUGCAGGUUACGAUGCGGAGGAGCAGGAUCAGGCAGGGAGUAUAAAAGGCAAUUGGCCUCGAAGGCGUUGGAGCACAGCUAUCGUGAAGAGCGACAAAACACAAAAUGCUGGGACCAAAGCUGCUGUUGACAACGGUACUCGCAGCCGUUACUGCGUCUGCGAGUUACCUGCCGCCAACUGCUGAGGAGCCUCACUUCUCAGAGCAUUUGAGCAGACGAAGCAAUAGGACGGCAUUCCACGGCCCGUAUAGCACCCAGGGAAGAGACAUUGUCGACAGUCGCGGGGAGAAGAUUACUUGGGCUGGGGUCAACUGGCCUAUGUCAGGAGAGACUAUGAUCCCAGAAGGCCUUGAAUGGGCAUCAGCAGAAGAGAUCCUCGACGACAUUGCAAGUGUUGGCUGGAACUACAUUCGCAUGGGCUAUGCCAUUGAGAUGAUCGACCAAGUCUACGACAGGAACGGGACGGACGUGCCCCUCGAGGUUGCUCUGAUCAACGCUCUAGGCUACGUCAACGGCACCAAGGUCACAAAUGAAAUCAUCGCAAAGAACUCUGGCUGGACAUCUCAAACCACGCGCUUCCAAAUCUGGUCCGACAUCGCCUCCCUCGCUGAGAAAAAAGGUAUCUUCAUCUCGCCCGACGUCCACGUCGGCAAAGCGCAAUGGUGCUGCUCACACAUCGACGGCAAUGCGUGGUUCGACGACCUCAACUUCAACGCCACGCACUGGCGCCGUGGUAUCUCGUACGUCGCAAACUGGGCCAAGCAGCACCCCAACAUUGUCAGCAUGUCGCUGCGCAACGAGCUCCGCGAGUCCUGGAACGUCACAAAUCUGUACUACAACUGGGACACACUUGUCGGCAACAUGACCGCUGGCGCAGACGCCAUCCACGCCGCAAACCCUGACAUCCUGAUCAUCUGGUCCGGCAUGCAGUACGGCCAGGAUCUCAGCGCCCUCACUAGUGGAAAGAACAUCCUCACGGCUCCUUGCUACAAAUGCACCGCUAUCCGCGACGCCGCACGCCGCGACCCCGUCGUGUUCAACCUAGCCGACCAUGCCUGGGCGAACAAGCUGGUGUGGGAACUACAUCUCUACCGGAUGAGCGAGGACGUCGACACAGGAACCUGCGACAUCAUCAAAGCCGGAUUCUACCGCAACGGAAUGAACGCGCUCGGCAUCGACGCACCACUCGCAUGCAACAUCACCAACGACUGUCCCAAGGCUGUCACUCAGACACCAGUUAUCAUCUCUGAAUUUGGCUCAGCUCAAGACGAAACGCUGUUCAACGAUACGCUGCAGAACUGCCUCAAAGAGUACACGAUUGAGAACAAGAUCAGCUGGAUGAUGUGGGGUGUUGCAGGCAGCUACAGGAUUAGGUCUGGGGUGCAGGGCUUCGCAGACACCUGGGGCUUGACAGCGCCAGACUGGACUGGCUGGCAAUAUGAGAGGGGCAUUGAGGAGUUCUGGAAGCCGUGGACGGAGGCGAUGAAUGUUACGCAUGUAGUGUAGAUGAUCCAACCACUAAGAUGGCGAAGCGUAGAAAAUACGACAUUUUACUCGAUAUAAACCCACUAAGGGACCGUGGGUAUGUGGAGGUACUGACGUGUGAUCAUCACACUGACAACUUCAAUGGGCAAACAUGUGGU